UUAUCUUCAUCGAGUCCAGUUGCGUCUCGUUUUGACGAGACGUUCUUGCGGCCUCCUCCGAAUCCGGCACCAUCAGCUCCGCUGGCCGAGGCUGCCGCAUCGCCUCCGAACCUCGACCCCGCGACUCCUCCUCCUCCAAGCGAGCUGUGGAUUCCACGCGCCGCCGGGCCGGCCGUUUGGUUCCCCAACGCCAGCGAGGCGCUGUCUCCUCCCCGGCUUGCUAGCGACCUGUCCGGAGCAGCCGCCAACGCUGUUUCCACCCCAACCACCAACAACACCAACAUGACAGUCUCUUCUUCCUCUCCAUCGGCUGCGUCGGGCCCGCAUCUCCUCGACUGUGCCGCUCUUGUCAUGCUUUCUCUUCUGCUCACGAUUGCCAAGCUGGCCUGCGUCGGCUGA